ACCAACCAUAACCUACAAUCAGUCAGAGUCGCAACCAAAAUAUCGAAGUUGAAAACAUUCUAAAACCAAAAUGUCCUUUAAUUUAAUUCUGAAACGGUCCAUCUCGACAACAGCAACAAAUUACGGCAAACGAAAUUUUAGAAAAUUCCAAUUGUUCAACAAAAGGGGCACUAGGCAAUUUAAGAAAGAACAAGCCCAGAUUCAGGAUCCCGAAUUCUUACAUACUCGAGGUGUCAGAGAAGUAGGAUAUAGGCAAGCAGAUGGCAAAUUUAUAUUAAUUCCCGAAAAGGUUCCAGAGUUGAUUGUCCCAGACCUUACAGACUGUAAAUUGAAACCCUAUGUUUCAUAUCGCGUUCCAGACAUAAUACAGUCAGAAUUUACAGCAGAGGAUUUAUUUCAUGUAGUUUACGCCAAAAAAAUUUGUGAUGAUUUUAAAUCAGGCAAAUUAGAUGAAGAUGGUAAUCCGCUUGAACCAUCUGUAGAGGAAAAACUAACUCCUGAAGAAGCGAAAAUAAAAGCUAGACAAACAGGAUCCGAUAUGUUUUAGUUGUCGAUAGAAUGUUUGUUUAACCCUUUCCGUACAGCUGACGCAGCCUAUGCAACACCGAGGAAAUGUGCCACACAGACGGCUGUUGCAUAUAGUUGACGGCAUGUAAUCUGUGUCCUGGACGACUGUCGGUUAGGAUGCGACGCAUUCAAUUUUUAGAUCUGGCAUACAGACUGCUGUCGCAACAUUUGCCUCCACCGCAUGCUAAACGCUCAGGCGGCUGCCACAUAUAGUCGACACCAUUGAUCAUAUGCGACAUCUCGCAACCUUACAAGUCCAGGGCGACUGCCACAUAUAGUCGACACUGUCGAUCAUAUCCGACAUCUGUUUGUAUUUUCAAGCCAAAUGUAGCUGGUCCCUCGGGGAUUGUUCCAAGAGCGAAAAAAUAAAAAACAAGUUACGAUAGCCAUUACGGAUUAUCUGAUACUGAAGUACUACGUAAUAUUUUAAUGUCGCACAUAGUCGACACCCGUUCGUGCGGCAAUGUCAAACACUCCGUCUGUGGGGCACAAAUGUUCGGAAAACCCGCCAUACGGAAAGAGUUAAAUUUAAAAAAAAAUCAAAUCUGUAUUAAAAAUCAUCUAUAUUACAAUACAUUAAGUUCUAACAGACAAGAAUAUAAAAUAUAAUGAUGAUCACUGUUUCAAUCUAAGAAAAAUAUGUCCCAGUCAGUGAACACCAAAAAAUAUAAAAUAACAGCUAGAAUCUAAUGAGACAGUCUCACAGUUACUUAAUUGAAUUAGAUCAGUAGGUACACUGGUGACAAGUAAAGUUGCUUGUUACCAUUUGACUAUAGAAAGUAAAGUGUAGAAACUAUGUCCAUGGAUGAAAAACUUUGGUUCAUGUAAUAAUUAAUUUUUGCCUUCCUCCAGCUUUUCCAAAAAAAAAAACACGACUGCUGCCCCAUCCAUGGAGACAUUGCCGAAUAUUAUUUAGUGCAGUGAUUGGGCUUCCUUAUGACGACUAAAUUAAGUUACCUGUAGAUAGACAUAAUAACAAAAAAAAAAAACAUAAAACAACUAGUGACAAAAUAUAAAAUAGUGCCCUGCACAAAAUGCCUACAAAUUUGAACCAAGUUUUAAAUUAUUAUGUGAUAAUGAAAUUGAUUGCAUAGGUACAAGUAAAAUUUUCUCAAACAAAUUUCAAAUAAUCUAGUGAAAAACAAUUGAAAUUAAAUUUUGUCAACCCAGAAAUACUGCAAAUGUUUAUUUAAUCUAUGAGUGUAGAGAAAUUCUAUUCACAGAGGAAAAUCAUCAUCCAACAAAAAUUAUAUAACAUAAAAGCUUAAAAUAAUCGCAAAUGCUAGUCUCAUUCUUUUUGCUUUGACAGGCAUCUACCAGGACACGUAUUUUUCGAAGGUUUAUUAGCUGCCUCCUCAAUUUUAGUAUCUUCCUCAAUGUUAUUUAUUUCUUUAACCUUAUUUGCUUCCUCAAUAUUAUUUGAUUCUUUCUCCAAAUCCUUUAUCGAUUCUUGUGCUACAGGAACACUAGGCGGUUCCUGUUCUUUUUCUAAUACCUUUAAAUCGUCCAUGUAACUUUUGCAUUUCUCUAUAACUUCUUGAUAGGGUUUACCAUGUAAAAACACUACUAUUACCUAACAAAAAAAAAACUAAUGUAAAAUCCUUUUGAAAAUUUCAAAUAUUUAGUUACUUACAACUGUCAUAUUGUCGCACCCCAAUCCGGCCAUGUGACAAUCGGGCGACAAACAUCUCAUCAUUAAACCUUCGCAAAUAUCCUCCGGUUCCAAUCCGUUAGCGAUUUUUUCAAUCACAAAUGCCAACACGUCUUCAUCUGACAUGACAUCCCAUAUACCAUCACAUGCCAAUACCAUAAAGUCCCAAUCCGGUGUUAGUUCUUUUUCGAUUACGUCAGGA